UUUCAUCCUAUCUGCAAACCGACCCCUGGCGCUUUAAGGUUCGGUUGACGGGUGCCCUGGCUUCAUCCACCACGGCGCCGUAUACUUCGCCUAGUCCAUUGCACUCGGCGGCAGAUCCAAGAUACACCCCGUCACCGAGAACGAUUGGCGUUUCGCCCGACUUCUUGAGGCAGUUGAGAAAGAAUCCGUGCAGUGGCACAAACAACAUCUCGUGAUCACCAAGCCAUCUCAGUCACUCGCUGAUUCUUCCAUGGACCGCGGCGCCCCGGAAUACUCGCAGUCAGGUUUGCCCUCGCCACAUCCCAGCAGCGUCGACGACACCCAGUCUAAGGCGUCGCCCAUAGAUCCAGCGACUGCUGCGCCAUACGCCGCCCAGCAAGAGCCUCGGUCAGCCGCCUACUCUAACUCGGCCACUCCGACGUCAGAUUACAGCGUGUAUCCGCCCACGUCACGGUCUGGCGCGUUUCCAGAGAUGCAGCGCCAGUACCCGCCUGCUCCCAACCCCAACGGCGGCAGUGCAGGUAUGCCGCAGACUCCCACAAGUCCGUCCAUGCCUUUGGGAGAUGGGCGCAGCCAUCAGAACCCCCAGCAGCAACAGGCCAAUUCUGACAGCCAUGUGCCUAUAGAUCCAUCCAUGGCAGCGCCGAGUCCGACUUACACCACGCAUGGCCAGUACUCGCCAUAUGCUCCGCCCCCUCACCCAGACAUGGGCCACGGCUAUCAGCAGCAUGGAGCUCCAGGCUUGUAUGCCCAGCCUCGUCCAGACUGGGCCGGCUACAGCCAGCAGGCCCCGGGGCAUAUCACCCCGACUCAGCACGUAUUCCACCACCAGCCUCCAGCAUCACAGGUGAGAACCAAUCAGGUCUAUAGCUUUGUUCCCAUUCCUGGCGCGCAGCAGCACAAAAGGCCCAGAAGACGCUAUGAGGAGAUCGAGCGUAUGUAUCGGUGUGGCUGGCAGGGGUGUGAAAAGGCCUACGGCACUUUGAACCAUCUCAAUGCCCAUGUGACAAUGCAGGGUCAUGGACAGAAGCGGACUCCUGAAGAGUUCAAAGAAAUUCGCAGACAGUGGAAAGCACGUAAGAAGGAACAAGAGGCGGCUAAUAAGGCUGCUGAGGAGGAACGCCAGCGGCAGGCGGCGGCGGCCGCUGCUGCUGCUCAGAAUGGCGGCCCCGACCAGCAAGCUGCUGCGGAUACCGCUCAACCCCCGACGACAUACGCGGCCUCCGGGACUGUUCAGUUGCCCCCGAUCGGAUACCAGGCCCGAUACCCUAACCAAUCCGCCCCCGGCAUGCAACAGCCGCUGCCCGAGUACAACUACUCGAACUACUCCCCGACGUCGCCGUACGGGCAAUCCAACCAGCAAAUGUACAACCAACAUAACGGUGGACCUGGCGGCAAUCAUUAAUUCCAUACCCAUUGGAUCUUUUCUAGAACCCCGCCACCUGCUCGGGGACGCAUCAAGCAAGCAUUUGGACAACAUCACUUUUUACUGUCAACUUUCCACGUUUUCUCUUCCUGCCUUCUCCAGGUUAUGAGCGUUCGGGGC